AGUAAAGGAUAAUAGGAUAGCGCGCGGAAUACUUUUGUGAAGUUCAAGUGCGGGAAAAUCUUUUUACUUUGUGAUGUGCUGGGUUUGCAUUUUACACGGGGGUAGAGUUUGGCAGUAGGAUGAAAUGGUCCCUUUGAAAGUGAAUGUUUCAGUGUGACAUCGAAACAGUACAACGAUUAAAUUUAUAGUUAACUUACUGAAGUGUGUGAUUCUGUAAUGAAAGUUGUCGGUUCGAAUAACUUACUGCCGUCACAUCGGAGAGGCAUAUUAAUCGAUAGCUCACAGUGGAGUAGCAGUGGGACUUUUUCAAACAGUAGCUGACCGUUUGAGUAGCAACCCGUUAUGUGGCUACGAUUAACGACUCCCCCGAUACCGAAUGUUCGAUCGAGGGUAUAUUAAUAUGCUAAGUUGAAUGCAUAAGUAAGUGCAAAAGAAAAGGAAUAAAUUCCCUGUGUUUCUGUGAUGAAUACGAAUUAAAGAAAUGAGGUGGUGAUUUCCAUAAACAUCGAUUCUCGGCAGAGUGCAAAUUAGCGGCGUUACGAGUCCACUGCACCGAGGAGUAAUUUCAGUACCGUGGUUAGUCUGAGUUUAUUGGAAUGUGUUGCAAGCUACCAGUAGUGCCAGGGGAGUUGGAUCCGUCAUGUUUGAUAAAUUAUAAUUCUUGUGAGAUUGAAUAAAUAAUACGAUGAUUCGGGGUCGGCAGAACAAAGCAGAUUACUAACGGUGAACCAGUCCAGUGAUACUACCCGUACACGAAAUCGGGAAAGGAGCAUUGUUUAACCUCACGCUAGGAAUAGUGAAACGAGGGAAGGGAUCGAAAUUGCAGUGCACGGGAAACAAUAUUUUGUACCGAACGUUCGAUUAUGUGAAGUGCUAAAAUAGUGUGAGAUAUUUGGGUAAAUGAAUUUGUGGUUAAUUUGUGAGAUAUAUGAAAACAUAAUUGAAAUAUUGCUAGUUGAAUUGCAAUUGGUAAUCGGGAAUAAGGAACACAAAAGGAUUGUGAUAUUGCAGUGUUUAAGUUACCCUGUGGCAGCAUAAUCCCGACUUCGAAUCCUGGAUUUUUUUCGUCAGCUGCAGAUCAUCAGAAGGCGUGAACAUUGGAAGAGUUCCCAACGCAAAUUCAUCUUUCGUUUUUUCAAUGGUGCUGAUGGAUGAAAGCUUCCGCUGCUAAGGAAGCACAACACCAUUCGCACUCGUCGUUGCGGGACGAAAUAAAUCCGUAGAAAAAAGACGUCACGGCGUUAGUUCUGCAAAAAAAAGGCAUUUUAUCCGAGUAAAGAAGCGUGUAAACAGUUUAGCAUACAUCUUUGUUUAGACGUGGCUUUUGUCGAACCAGUUUCUUCACGGGGGUGGUUUACUUUAGAAAGGACCGGUUUCGGUGAAUGUGAAAGUGAAUAAAUAGAUAAUAAUCGACAGUUACGUGGCUUUGAUGAGCCAUACGAACCGCCCGAAGGGAUGAGAAAGCAGAUCGUGAAAAAGCCUCGGCUCAUUGUUUGCUUUCACCAGUCGAAAAUUGUUCUCACGGGUUCGUGAUUAAUGAUAAGAAAAGUAAAUAAAAUAAGACAAGCUGCAAAGUGAAAAUCAGAUUCAACGGAGCGUGCGACACGGGAAACACAAAAUAAGAGGAUGAACCGUCUCCAUGGAGUAUUGUGAGGUUCUGUGCAAAUAAUAAGACGGUUGGUUAACCAGUGAACGUAAUAUUAUUAAUAUUACUGGUAAGGUGCUCGGAUACGGCAUCAGCCGGCGUGCAUAUAAUUCCCAAGUUUAACGCUACAUGGUGAAACCCUCGAGAGCAAUCAUCCCGCCUUAAUUAAAAUUCUAUUCAAGGCGGAGACGGCGAGAAGCAAAAAAUUUCUCUCCGCAUACCUGCACUGGAACUGGCCCGGAAUAGGAAUAAAUCUGGUCCUUACCCCGAGCGACAAGUGCUACAGAACGACGACAGCGGCUGCGGGGUAUCCGAAGAUCAAGUAAAAAAGCUACACCACCACCCACCUAACGGGCUCGCAUCCAUCGCCCUCGCCGUGCUGUUGUUGAUGGUGGGCGGGCUUUGGGCGCGAAGCGUCAGCUGAUUACACUGGCAGGCGAACCUGGCUACGACUCAGAUUUCAACCGACUUGCAACAGUGUAGCGCUGGCUUAGAACACUCAACCGAGAGUAUCAUGGAAAAUGUGUACGAAAGUGAGUUGGCAGAGAACGACCACCAACCGGUGCACAAUGAAAGCACAACGACCGCUAGAGUUCCCUCCACCGUCAAAGCUGCGAGGGCGAAAUCCAAAAGCAACCACGGCGUGCGCCUGCUAUCGCCUUCACCGUCAUCCUCGCCUACGAUGGCGCGGGUUCAGCUCCCAGCCCCGGAGCCACCACCGCUCUCGGGUAGUUUUCCACUUUCCACGGCGGCGGCGGCGGUAGCAGGGCACACUUCAACCGACAGCAUCCCCGAAGAGCACGUCCAACAGCAGGACAACAACCAGCAGGAACUGGUUCCGAUUCGAAAGCACGCCAACAGCAGCAGCACCGGCAGUAACAGCACCCGGAAGGCGAAGGUGGACUUUGUGCGCUUCGACUCGACCGAAAUUCACUUUACCGACAACGAUGAGGUGCGGACCAAAAUUUCGGAUGAAAUCAAAAGUGCGUGCAAACUAUCGGACAAAAAUAGGGCCGACCGGCUUGCCCGUCCACGAAUGUCACUGCUGGGGAAGCCGCUCAACUAUAAUCGCGGCUCACGACGUGAUGCCCGUUAUAGGCGGCUGCAAAGCAGGGUCUACAACUUUCUGGAACGACCGCGGGGCGUCAAAGCGAUUCUCUACCAUGUCCUUGUAUUCUUCAUGGUGUUCACAUGUUUGGCCUUAAGUGUCUUCUCAACUAUUCAGGAAUACGAGCUACAAGCAAUCGCCAUCUUAUUUGUCAUGGAAAUUGUCGUAGUUGUAUGGUUUUCGAUCGAGUUCUUCCUUCGAUUAUGGUCAUCAGGAUGUCGCUCACGAUACCAAGGAGCCGUGGGGAGGCUGAAAUUUUUGAAACGGCCUUUUUGUAUUAUAGAUGUAGUGACGAUAAUAGCCUCGAUAGCGAUACUUGUGAUGAGAUCAUCCGGCCAGGUCUUUGCUGCGAGUGCAUUGCGUGGUCUGCGGUUCUUCCAGAUCCUUCGGAUGGUGCGGAUGGACCGACGUGGUGGCACGUGGAAAUUACUAGGGAGCGUCGUUUAUGCUCAUAGACAAGAAUUAAUAACAACAUUGUACAUAGGAUUUCUGGGCCUUAUUUUUGCCUCGUUUUUAGUGUAUCUAAUGGAAAAAGACGUAGAGGGAACCAAGUUCAGUAACUUUGCUCAAGCCUUGUGGUGGGGUGUGAUAACGCUAUGCACGGUCGGAUACGGUGAUAUGGUUCCGGAUACGUGGCAAGGGAAAAUUAUUGCAUCGUUUUGCGCCUUACUCGGAAUCUCGUUCUUUGCCCUGCCGGCGGGCAUUCUCGGCAGCGGCUUCGCCUUGAAAGUACAACAGCAGCAGCGACAGAAGCACAUGAUUCGCCGCCGUCAGCCAGCUGCGACGCUGAUCCAAUCGCUCUGGAGAUGCUACGCAGCCGACGAACACUCGCUUUCGGAAGCGACGUGGAAAAUUCACCAAGUACCUCUUCCCAGCCCGCCGCCAUCAACCAAACUGGAAGCAGCCGAAAAGCUGGCCGCCUCCUCCGCCGCAGCGCGGGCGUCCUCGAGCUUCAAGCACAACGCCUCGUUCGUGGCCCGGCUGCCGACGAUCCGGCGGCACAAGAGCCAAUCGCUGCAUUCGCCCGGAAACGCGAAACCACCGAGCGGCAGUGGCAGCGGAAGCGGAAGCCGUUCUGGCCGCUGCCCACGGGUGACGGACAUCAACGCUUCCUCGGAGAAUCUCGAAGUGACCAACAACGGUAGACCCAUGAACCCCAGUCUCAGUGAAGACUCGGUUGCGGAAACAGCACUGUCCAAGAAAAAUUCCGAUGCGGGUCUCGAGAUGGCAUCGAUGACGUCGAUAACGGGGACAGCCACCGGCAACGAUCUGGUCCCGGGACGAGGCUUCCUGUCUACCGCCAACCUGUACCAGACGACGUCCCGGCGGAGCAGCUUUGUCAGUGGCAUAUUCUCGUCCGGCUCGCAGAGACGGGGCAGUACGAACGAGAACAGUGCCUUGGUUGGUCAACUCGGUUCCGCAGCUGGCCCUAACAGUAACGUGUUUCUCUCAGACUUUACUAAUAGUAACAAUAGCGUUAAUGCCAACGUUCCGACUAUGCUAAGAUUUGGCGGAGCUUCGGCCCUGCCAAUACUGCUCUGCGGGCAGUUGUGCGACGAUCUGCGCCCCAAUCAACAGCCAAACAAUCAAUUUUCAUUUUUCACACAACCAAGUACUGACUCUCUCAACUAUCAUCUAAUUAGCACUCGCAACGAAGAUGAGGAACCGAGAUGUGUACAGCUUACAAACCAGCACAAAGGGGCGAUCCGAUUCAUACGAAAGAUGAAGUACUUUGUAGCGCGACGAAAGUUCAAGGAGGCCCUCAAACCGUACGACGUGAAAGACGUGAUGGAGCAGUACGCAGCCGGACACGUCGAUCUGCUCGGUCGAGUGAAGAAUGUUCAAACUAGGUUAGACCAAAUUCUUGGCAAACAAGGAUCAAAAUCAAAAGAUGUAUAUGCAUCGAAAAUUAGCUUAGCUUCUCGCGUAGUGAAAAUUGAAAGACAAGUUGACGACAUAGAGACAAAGGUAGAUACGUUUAUAGAGUUAUACAUGCAGGACCGGAAGCGCCUUUUAUCACUUCCGCUUCAUCCUGACACAUCACAUUCCAACAAUCCAAACCUUCCAUCGUUGCCACCGAAAGGGGGCGGAGCAGCGGCUGUAAUCACAUCUGUGACAAGUAGUUCUAGUGGUUCGUUAAAACCAAAACCUAUUUUAAUAGAUAAACAAUUUUCGGAGCCGAAUUCACCGAUAGCAAAAACAUUCGAAGAACCAAUACAGCAGAAACGUCCACCAAUGCAACGCGGAUACUCCGACCUGGGUCAUAGGAUUAAGAAGCGUGUUACUUUAAGCUCUAUACCCCCGCAGUACGUGGGAAACAGCACCGGUCAGAUGAACGAUCGUGGUGACGUCGUAAUCGUAGUUCCUAACAUCGACUCCGACCAAUUGGAUCCAGCCGGAAUAGAAGAACUUGCCUCCGUCUGCAUCGAUACCGAAAUCGAAAUCGAACCCGGUAGCCCGAAAACCAUCACGGAAAGCUCAAUAAUCAUGAUGGAUGAGGAAGAUGAUGAAGAUGAAGAGGAUGAUGAAGAGGAAGACAUCGAAGAGGAGGAACUGGACAUCGGGGGUGAGAUUGAUCCGGAUUCGCCUCCCUGGGACAUGUACGGCGAUCUAGACGCCGACGAUCAGGACGAAUCCACGGAGAACACAGCACUGCUGCGAACGGCAGCUAAAACCGAGAUCAUCGUUACUCCAAUCAGUCCGGUCAGUUCCGCCUACGAACUCCACCGGUUGGACAACGAGGAAUACAAGCGGCUGCGGCUUGGUGGUGCCGGAGCCAGUACCGGUACCAAUGGUGGAACCAAUGCCAACAAUAACGAUGGCGAAAGCCGUUUGCAUAUCACCGCAGGGUCUUCCACCAGCACCGGUAGUACCACAAUGGAUUCACUUAAACCGGAAAUGACCCCGCAGCGGCUCCAGAGGCUUUCCUCCGAAGACAUAUGAGAAUGGCUGAAACUAUCCCCAACAGUCCCGUUUGGUUUACGCUGCCGUUGUUGGUUCCGCGGUCCCGACGACAGUCUCCCAUUCCAGCCCGUGUUCGGUUACGUAUUCCACGAUUUUCACCACCUGGUGCAAGUCUUACUUGCGCUCUCUAUGUCGGCACUAGUGACCACUCACGCUGUGUCCUUCUGUGUACCCCAGCGAUGACAGAGCAGGAGCGCUCCUCAGAUACGUUCUAGCACACCUGGUGUGUAACUCGCAACCGGACGCGCCACACCGAUAGUCGGAAGCACUGGGGUACGAACAAACAGCAUAGGAUUGUAGAUUUAGGUUUUUAACAUACGGUUGUUUGUUUUAGAAAUUUAAAUCCUCAUCAAUCACACCAAGUGUGAAAUGAAAUUCAUGAAGACGGAAGUAGGUUUUAGAAUUGAAUUGAUUGAAGUUACAUUUAUUACUGUUUAGGAACAUGAUAGGAUUUACGCUUAAUUAUGGAAUUAUGUGGAUUUCGUCUGCUUAGACAAUUUACAGAAAAGUUAAACGGUGCAAACAGCAAACUCACUUAAAGGUAAACGUUUCAUGAGUGUUGGUUUUAGUGUGUGGAUGAUAAAUUUGCAAUUUGUAAUCUCAAUGAUGUAUACUAAGAGUCAACAUACAUUAUUUUUAAAGACGUUGCAUGUUAUUUGAGAUGGUAACAUAACAAGCAACCAUUAGCAAAAAAAAUUGCGGAAAGAAUUCAGUGGAAAGCUUACAUUCAGACUGAAAUAACUGACAUUAGACAAAUCUCUUUCUUCUGUUCGUUUCCAAAAUUUACUUUAAAAUUGCUUGAGCUCCGAAUGUUGAGCUAAACUUCUGAACAAAGCAAAAGUUCCUCCCAUUUGCGGAUUAUCUUGAUGGAAAAAAUAAUAACAAAGUAGUUAUGAUUCCUAAUAUUUAUUCCAUAUCAUUUCUUCCCACACUUCCCAAUUUUCCCAGUACAGUACAGGCAGAAAUUCCUGUAAAUUCGCACUAUUGCCCUCAUGCCACUCUAAUUCGGCCCUUUCUAUGUCAAGCCAGAACUCAGAACGCAGGAGCGCUCAUUUCGCCACCUCCACAAAUAGCCUACUAAAAUGAGUUUUUUGGCGAUUUUUUUGUUUCGAUUAUAGAAUUUUUAGCCUUGGGAUCAUUCUUCUCUUUUCCAGGUAGGUUAGAAAAAUCUCUAACCCUAAUUGCGGGGUUGCGAAUAGAACUCAGGUGAGCUGUGUACAAGCAAUCGAUUUACCAACUACGCUAUGCCCGUCCCUCUUUUUGACAAAUUUUGUUAUUUGCUCUUUGCGAACCUCUUCUGGAAAGGCAAACUGAGACAACGAAAUGUUACUCUCCGUAUAGUUGGCGACUGUAACUUUUAAUGUAGGCUUCGAUUAAAAUUACGAUACAAUGUGGUUUAAGGAGCAACUGCUUCUGAAUACGUGAUUUAGUAACUUUUUUUAUUUCAAUCCUAUACGGUGCUUUUCUUCAUUAUUAAAAUUGUGUUACCCAAAGUUUCACAGUUUUUCGCUAUUCUAAAACAUAAUUUUUUACAGCUGAUCCUAGUUUUUUAUUUUUUUAGAAAGGAGAUGCAACGUGUUUCAUUUUUUUACCGUCCUCAAAACAAAAAUCAUUAUAAUGGUAAAAUCGUGAUUAAAGCAACAAAUAAAAGUGAGAAAAAAAACAAAUACAAGUUUUGGAAAACUUGAGGCUCCUAUUUUAUGGAUUGAUUUUAGUUUGGGUGAAAACGCAGAUAUUUUCAAUACGCUCACCACUUUUGUGCGAAAUGAGUGUACGAGACUAUUCGGACCCCCAAUCCCAUCAACCACCGUGCAGUGGCUUGCGGCUACGCACACGAUUGCACACGCUACAGUAAAGAAAAUACAAUCGACAGCUGUGAAAAAUUGUUUGUUAUGCAUUUUUUGCUUAUUAAGGAGUUUAAGGUAAGCAUAAUUCCAUUGCAUAUAACAAAAUUGACGGUCUAAAUUUCCCCGCAUGGAGGCCCGAAUCACCCCUAUAUUGUAAAACGAUGGAAAAAGUUGAGGUUUUGCAAAUCGUUGCCUAGCGCUGCUAUGGAGUAGUGCGAAUGAACCAAAAUGUAGCUGAGGCUUAAAACUAACAAUUAGGACCUGUACCGGUAAUUUUUUUACAUCUAUCCACCUAAAAGGGCGAUUUGCUUAAGUAGGUCCGAAUAACCCCGUAUUCCCCUAAUAAAUUAUGGCAUUUAGAAAAUUCCAGCAUAUGUAUAUAAAUUUAGUCAGGAACCAAAUAUUAGGGAAAUCGUGUUCAAUAGCUGCUUUUUUAAUUAAGCUUUUUUUAAUUUUUAAUGUUUGCGCCUCAAACAAAUACAAGUAACAAAGAAAAGCGCAUUUUGAUAUCAACAGUGCAUGUGUUGAGGUUAAUCUACCCACACCAUUUCAUUUCGUAGCACUCUAUAAAUAAAACUAUACAUCAUACUAAGACAUUAAACUGCGUCUAGAAAUAUCAGACUGCAACAUGAUGAUGUUCUGAAUCUUUGGCUAUGAUUUUCAUACCUUUUUAAUUUGGAACUUUUUGUACCCCGUUCAUUUGAACUGUGACAUUGCCUCCAACUCCCAAGUACACAAGCAAGCAGAGAAGCAAGAGGACACACGACACUUUAAACAUGGAUUUAUGGAUUUUGUUCUUGUUAUUCAAUAGGUAGAACGCAAUCCAUAGUCGUCAUUUAAUCAUGCUAUUCCUGGGCUAUGAUGACCUCCCAGGAAGAACACAUGAUUAUCGUAUUGGCGACAAUGAUCGGUCCACUGCCUCUAAAGAGAGAUCACACACAACCGCCAGAAGAGCAUAAGAGUUCGCUCGGCUCGAAUCCUGACUCUGGGGAGAAUUUUUUUCAUAUAAUCGCUUUCGUUUAACUCGCCAUUUGUUUUCCCCAUUGGAUGCCACCUGAAAGUCUUAAAUAAGAUUUUGGCACUUAUGUCAUCACCCCAGAAAAAGAAUUGCAUCAGAACACCGCGAUAUUUUUUUAUUCUUACGUAAAUGAGUUGGAUUUGUGAUGAGAGUAGCGUUUCGUUCCUUUCCUUCUUUGGAAAAUAAUCUGGGUAUCUGAUAACAAGCCUUUCACUUCAAACUAUUUGUCGAAACUUCGUAGGAUAAUUUUCUCCAACUGUAAUUGACGGCAUCGGUGGUUGAGUGGUAAGCGUGACCGCCAAUCAUUCCACUUGGUCUGGGCUUAAUCCCAGCCGAGGUGGUUGAGAUUUUUCUGUGGUGAAAAAAUCUGUGGUCACGUCUUUCUUUGGAAGGGAAGUAAAGCCGUUAGUCCCCGGUCCAUGAGUUUGAUGGAUCGAUAUUGAUGGAUCGAUAUCAUCUCGUCCAGAUAGUGGAGUCAUCUCUCUGGCGUCGGUAAUGUAGAAGUAGAAUCCAAUUUCUAUACUUACUAAUAAAUAUCAUCAUCUCGUGAUACUUGUGGAGUGCGCAGUACGGUCUCUAUCAAAAGCAAGUAUCGGACUAAUAUUCCUUCCCUUUCCUUCCGCGAUCUACAUUCGGUCCUGGCCGGCGCGCCGGUAUUUGAUAAAUAAAACAGUUUAGGAUUAGUUGCACAUUGAAUGAUGUUUCGCUACUCCCAAGCAUAAUUAUCUACUGAUUCCCUGUGCAACUUCAGCUAGUCCAGAUCGAUAACGGAGUAGCAGCCAGGGGUGGUCGCACAAGCUCAAGCUCAAUUUUAUCCAACAAUUGUAAUUGCAAAUAGGAUGGCAGGCCCGUAGCCAGGAUUUUGUUUCGGGAGGGGCUUAAAAAUUAUUGCAUAAAUGUAUUAAUUCUGAUGACUUGAAACAAUCACUGGAAACUGAACGUAAUUAUGAAAAGUUCUUAGUGAAAACAAUUCCAAAAAUAAGACAAUAGACACUAAAAACUCUAAUAAUAUGUUGCCUGUUACAAGAAAGGCUAUAGUGCAUCGACGAAUUAAAUUUGAUUAUUUUUGAUUUACAAGUUAGAAAUUUCUUUAGUUACAAAAAUGAAUAGUCAAGAGCUCAAAGUAUUAAGGGCUGCUUGAAAAUGCUACGCUGCAUGCUACGCUGCUUGAAAAUGCUACACAUUCGAUACACCUUUACAAUUUGUAGAAGACGCUAAAUUGGAAUGAGUAGAAAAAUAUCCAAAAACCCAUCUCAUGAAACUUUACACGCAUUUGCUAAUCAGAAGAACGAAACCAACGUCAAGGUUGUCCCCAUGAAUAGGAAUAUAUCAGUGUGACAUCAAAGUUUACCGUUGCAAAGAAUGUCCGAACAAAGUGAAUGUCGAAAUUUGCUUCAAAUCUUCUGAUAAGGCAGGCGAUUUGUAGAUGCAGAAAAUAGGUUCAACUCCUAUUUUCAUGAUCAGGUUUCUUUCUACUAUUACUAGCUCUUUGACUUCAUCCGAAGUUUGCGUUAACUCGACUUUAUGAAAUUUUCAAUUUAAAUGAUACUGAUUAUGUCGUAAUCCAAACAAUCCUGAAAAAACACAUGUUUUUUUCAUUUGACUCUCAUAGGUAAUGGGUUAAAGACUAUCUUCGACAACAUUAUCAGGCAACUCAGAAUAACUAUCUUUUUAUCUAUUUAAGUUGAUUCUUUUUAGGUACUUUUUAUAUCAUUGUACUUAUGAAUUAAAAAUAUCGUAGACUGAUUUUCCUAGAUCCCUAAAACUAUAGUAAAAGUCAAAAUGUAAAGUAAGUGCAAAAACUACUGAUUUCACUACAAAGCAAGAAUGCCUUAGCUCUAUUGACUUUUGACAAUCUUGCAAAACCGUUGUAACUUGAAAAGAUUACCUAGAUUAAGUAAAUAUUAUAUUUGAACAUUUUGGUUUUAUUUAUUUAUUUGAAGGUUUUAUUUCGGAAUUCGUGGGGUUUUGGACAAUGUCAAAUAUAUAUUUCAAUGAUUUAAUCUACUAAUGGAAACUACCCAGAAUUUAAUCUACUGAGCGAAACUGCUCAGAAUCUAUUCACAAAUAGAAAGAAAAUUACUUAGCACUGAUUACUCAAUGCUUCUAAUUUACAUAAAAUUUGGUAAAUAUAACAUUGAUGACACCACCAAAAUAACUAGAGACUAUAAACAUAGAUAAUAAUUUCAGCAUCACUUGCUUCCGACACAUGGAAGAGAACACAUCGCACUUGCACCUAAUUUGCCGAGGCUUUCUUUUAGAGUUGUCUGUUUUAAAUUACAGCAAAUUAUCCGUUUCCUGUAAAACUUUUGCAAAAUUCUUUGCCAAUUCAUUAAACAAAUAUGAACACUAAUCUGUUUAGUAAUAGUUUUGUUUGUGAAUAAAAAUAAUUAGCUCUUGAUUUUUUUCAAUCAUCAUCAAGAUUGGAAGAGAUGUAUGAUUUCUUGAAGAAAGUUGUAAUGUUUGUCUGAUUACAUGUUUGUUUUAUCACUAUUUGGGAAAAAGUUUCAAUUAAAGUUGUUGCACCUAACGCAACGAAGACGAAAUGAGAAGAUCAGAGCGCAAUUCGGAAAGAACUCGUGUUGAGUGUAUAGUAAAGAUAGAAGAGUGAUCUUGAGUCGAUUUAGAUUGGUUGAUUUUUUCCUCUCUUUGCUCUCUUAUUUAAGAUUAUCUCUCUCAUUUUAUUCCAUGACGAGCAAAAACGGAACGAAAGACUGUCACAUACUUAAGACAUGAAAUCGAAACUGUUAUCCCAACUUAUUGACUUAUAGAUUCAAUCAGUCCCAACAUUUUAGUCCCUCUUCGUGAUUGCCUAUUAUUUUACCACUUUUUGCCCGGUCCACUUUUAAAAGAAUUUUUUUUGCACGUUUGUCGAAGAUAUCACGGAUUUACGGAUUAACAGUGUAUUAGUACGGAACGAAUUACUCGUAACAAUGAAAUGAAGCGUUAAUAAAAAUGGUAUUGCGUUAAAAUGACGCGAAAUGAAAAUUCUAUUCUCGUCUCAAUCGUUCUCAGAUAAAUUGAAAUACUUUUUGUGUAGCGCAGAGUAGUGUACAGAGAACAGAGUGUACAGUGUGCACUGACCUAAUACAGAAAUUCAAAAUUGUAUGCAAUUCAAAAACUUAUCAUUUAAAAAUAACAAACUGGGUCGUGGGUCUUUUAUAUAUUUCCUUAUGCAAACAAUAAAAAUAAUAUAACGAGUUUAUGUGGUUGUCCUACAGAUCUCGCGCAAGCGCUUAGCCAUUGCACGUGGAAACCUGUUUACGAGGCGAGGAAAUAUUUUUUUCCUCACCAACUAUGUCUUGGGGGGGAGUAGUUCAUUUCUAUCUCGCUAUUGUACAUUUCCGUGUCAUCAUCGUAGUUGCUGCCUUUAUGUUCGCGAAUAUCUUCCUUGCUUUUCGCCCUCAAUAAUUGCCCUUCCAAAUAGAUUCCAUUUCUCCCAAAUAUGACAUUAAUCUGCGAGUAAGCGGUAUCCGAUCUUGUAGCGGAACAUUCAUUUUCUCAUAGUCCAUAUACAGAAGGAUCUUAAUUAUAGCAUUGUCACACACAACCUUGUGCUUUAAGUUGUGCGAAAUGAAUGGUUUCGUCUGCACUAAUUUGUUGAGCGCUAAAUGCCUGCCAUGGUAGAACUGGAUAGAGCCGGUUUCCGAAAGUCUAAUCUCUAUUUACACCUUCAGGAUGCGAAUGAUCAAUAAUUUUAUAAUCACCGCAUUUGGCUGGAGCACCAAUUCUUGCUUCUGCUAAUCACUAAUCUCGACAGAUUAUUACAGCUACAAUUAAAGUAACAGUCUCUUGUAUUCUUCAGACAAGGCACACAAUAUAAAAGUUACUUUUUUGUUGUUCGCUUCGCACUGGCUCGAGCAAAAGCAUAAAGCACACUGAAUUUCGUGACCAUUGCCUUCGGUGGUUAGAAAUAGCCUUCUUUAACUUUUUCUCAAUAAUUUGUUCAAACCAAAUAAGCAACAAGUUUUGUUAAAAGUCACCGGUUUUUUUAAAUUUAUUUUUGAAAAAUUUCGGGGGGGGGCUUUAGCCCCCUAGCCCCCCCCCCUCUGGCUACGUGCCUGAAGGAUGGUACGAGUUACGGUCACUUGUGUCCAGUCACAGGAGACAAUAUUCUGCUCAAGUAACGUGCUGAAUAAAUUCAACUUGCGUCUUUUUGCAAAGUGAAACAGAUUUUACAUCAAGGUUUUGAUUCUUUUUUUCCGGACCUGUAGCAUUAUUGUCACAUGGAAGCAAUUUAAUUAAAAAUCUCGUCAUUGUCAAGGAUGAAUUGAUAGAGGCGUUACUUGUGGGAGCAUCGCUAAUGAUAUUCUGCGCAGAUACAGAAUCCUAAAAGUUCAACGAUUUGAGAAUUCCUCCUAACCAUUAGUUAUGUUUUGAUUAUAAAUUCUUCUGGCUGUGUUCCGAAGAGUUUAUGUAUCUCAACACAAGUCAUCAACGAAGCUUCGCACAUAGCUGCACUUUUUUACACGAAGUGAACUGUCAAUUUGCUUUGCUUUGGAGACACGAAACGAAAACCUUUCAAAUAACUCAAUACUCUAUUUACGUGUAAAUUGCUGACCUGCGGAGUAUUUAAAAAAAUUAACCUUAAUUGGACGGUCGGAGAAAUAAAUCGUUUGAAUUGCCUAUGUUGUAUUUAACGAUGAACUAGUUCUACUUAACAAUGGGAUCAGUUGAAGUACAAGCUGAGACAAGCGGUUCAAGCUUUAACUCAGGUAAGCUUUUCAAGUUUUAAAAAAUCAACUACACGAAAUCAAAAAACAUCCACUAAUUUUUUGGUUGAAAUUGUGGUGAAUUGAUUUUCUGUGCACCCGUAGAUUGAACUAUAUGAAAAGGAUACAACAUUAUAUUUUGCAUAUACCCCAAACAAUUUUAGAUCGUUUGUCAAUAUUUUAGUAUUAUAGACUGGUUUUUCGUUAGACAUAUGCGAAAGUUAGUAAAAAAUAAUUAAUAAGAUUCGCGUAUACCCCCCCCCCCCCCCCCCGCUUUAGAGCGAUUAUUUUUAGGCCCAAAAGUAGUCGAUAAAAUGAGAUACAAUUUGAUUUAAUGCAUUGAACACAAAAUAACACAAAGCAUUUAAAAAAUCAGCUUCAAAUGGGAAGAUUACGAUAAAAUUCGAGCUAACUAGGAUUCCACCUUACAACAAUAAACGACAACAUUCGAUACGUACAAACCAAAUAGCCGUGAUUCAAUUUUACUUCUAACGGACCGAAGAAUAAAGCUAAUUCUUCCCAUGCGCAGCAAGCGGAUGUAAAAUAAAUCGUCCGGAUAUCGCUGCAAGUUUCAUCGUGAUUCCCAAAGCUGAAAACACUCGGCUGAGAGCGGCACACACGGCACGGAAUGGGCCAAAAUGUCAAGCAGUUGUUUCACGUGUGUCUAUUGUGAAUUUUCAUUGGAUAUGUCGGAUGAUUACAAUUUCGUAUGAUUCAUCCAAUAUCAUAUUUCGGCAUGUCAGAAGCUCAGAACAAUAUUAAAGGUUCUUAAACUGGAUCCGCAUUGGUUUUAUUUCCUAAUAUGCAGCAUUUCUAGUGGAAUUUCCAAGGGUCUUUUAACCAGGGACAAAAAGAUGAGUGAGUAAUGUCUGUGACAUAACUGGAGUGUCGUGACUACACUUCGGAUAUUGUGGCUGGGGCAUUUUUCCUCCAUGCUGCUCCUCUUCUACUGCUUGAUUCAGCUGCAAUCUGGUGCGGGUAAACGAAUGAUGAAAAAUUCAAACAGGCCGUUAAUCGUUGCAAGGUUUGACAUCAUAAAAGGAGGCUAUCAAUGAAAUGAAAUGCAAGCUGCGCGGGUCGAAUGGUACACACUUAAUUUAAAUUACUGGGUACAGUAAAAUUUUGCUGGGAUUUUGAACAGCAAACCGUUCGGUAAUCAAUGCAGUAAAACAAUUUGGUACCGAACUCUCCGCAAUCCGUUCUAUCCAAACGUCAAAAAACACUGGUCUGUCAGCAGUUUCCUCUGAAAAUGGUGACUUGACAGAUGAUUUGCUGUUCCUGUUUUGUAAGUUUUUGACGAGGUUCGGUAACGUUGGUACAAUUUUGCCGAACAAUCAGUCAGUAUUUGACUGGAUAAUGUUUAUGUACCGAAAAAAACAGAAGAACUGAUUACUGAUUACUAAUUACUGAAAAUCGCCAAAAAAUGAAAACUAUUCUUCAAAUUUUUAAACAAAUUCCUUUCAGUACAACUUUUUAUUAACUUCCAAAAGCACUACCCUUUGUUCCUUCCGAAAUUUUGAAAAGGGAUCUCUAUAUUGAAACGUUAGGUGCAGUCACGACAAAAAAAUGUUGGCCAAAAAUCAUCUCUGUACAAAUUCGCUCAUAACUGUUUUGUUUCAAAACAGAAUCAGUAAACUUUCUUCUGUUUAAGGUUGGCAAUUUACCACAACUUUCAAAGGGAGAACAAAGCAUUAAAAUGCGGGACACGAAUUUCAUUGACAAAUAACUAAACCCGGCCCACAACUGAAGACACUCCUCUACGAAUUAGCGUGUUCCGAGUUCGAACACAACAUGUGUAUUUAAAACGAGCAACAAACAAGAGAAAAUGUGGCGUCCGAUGUUUAUUUGCCAAGACAAGUAAUGGCUUAUUGCCAAUAACGGUAUUUUGUUUUAGCGCUUAUUAAAUAAUAAGAGCUAAUUCAGAAUAAGUGUAGCAAAAUGAACUGGUGAUUAUUUCAACCGAAUCAUUUGGGUUUUUGUGAUUUGUUCAAACGAAGAUACCAGUUAAAGAGAUGUCCGAAAAUUCGCAAACAGUUUUUUUAAUGGUCAAACAGAAGUUUGGCUUAAGGCUCAAGUUACCUCAAGGCUUGGUAGUAUGUGUAAGAAAAAUUGUGUUCAGCUUUGCCACCAGAUUAUCCAUUUAAACCUUUUCAAAACUCUAAAAGAAGAAUAUCAGUCGAUUUAUUAGAUCAUCACGAUUCAAUUCAUGCAAAAUACCUGCUGGAAAAACCAUCGGCUUAGCUGGAUGGUGCUUUUGAAAAAGUGGCUGUGAUUUUUUAUCACACUACCACACCGAGCUGGGGUACGCAACACAACUGCGCAAUGAAAAAACCACAGCCACUUUUUCAAAAGCACCAUUUAGCUAAGCCGAUGGUUUUUCCAGCAGGUAUUUUGCAUGAAUUGAAUCGUGAUGAUAUAAAAAAUCGACUGAUAUUCUUAUUUUAGAGUUUUAAAAAGGUUUAAAUGGAUAAUCCGGUGGCAAAGCUGAACACAAUUUUUCCUACGCACACUACCAAGCGUUCAAUUCUAACACAUGCUUAAAAAAGGUAACUUGAACCUUAAGGGGAGCGUUUGGUGUAAAGUGCUCAAAACGAAAGUUAUUUUGUUUUACGAUUUUGAAGCCAUGGCAACAAUAGAUCUUUUGUGUAAUUUUAGGAUUGCUUUAUACAUUCAUUGUGCACGAAAAAAAAUAUUUUCAAUCACACAAACCCACACAUACGAGCGUUCUAAGAGUAGACGUCCAACCAUUUCCACGUCGAAGAUCGCCGCGGCGACCACGAUAACUCUCGAUAAAAUUAGCUGAUACGGGAAAAUCAAUAGGUUAUGUAAAGCUUAGACUUGUAGUUAGUCGAUGAACCACAAAAAAUAGAAAAAAGUUCGAGUUUCGGAAAAUGGCUUCAUGAAAACAGAAAAAUCUCAUAUUUUACUGUAAAAUUCGCUCAUUUUUAUUCAAAAUAAUAGAGAGAAAAAAAAAUCCAGUUUUCUGUAGUUCAUCGACAGGCUACACAUAUUGGGCAUCCUUAUGAACAAAAAUCAAGUCAAUUAGUUGAUUAGUUUUUGAGUUAUUGUGUUCGCUAAUUUGAAUUUUUUUAAGAAGCUGUUUCGAGAAAAACGCUAUUAAAGGCGUCCCACAUCAAAUUGCAUCACGGAAAAAACGCUGUAGAAAAUGACUCAUUAGGUAUUUUCUCUUGAAAAUUUGAGUAGAAGUAGUUUAGAGUGUAUUGUUUACACUGUAUUUUUAUCGCCCCCCUUAAAUUUGACGUACUUAUUUUUGGAUAACAAAUGUAUUCAUGUCAAAUCUAUUCACAAAGAUGCAACUAUUUCUCUCACUAGAAACAUGGCUGUGCUUUUCAUUUACUUGUUAAUAAUAGAACAUUCAUCAAAUUGCAAAAAAUCGUCCUGUUUUUGUGAAAGUUGGCGAGCAUUGUUAUUAGGAAAGAAAGCGGAAAAAAUUAAUUUACUCUUACACUGGCCCAACGUCAAUUACACGAUCCUCAUGCAUUAUUCAAACUACAUAUGCAUUUUCUACAUUCCAAUAACCUAAGAGGACUAGAUGGAAACACAUACCGCAUUUAAUUUAGAGCAUUCUUAAACAAAAAUAAAUCAAUCGUGAAAUAGUGACAUAGAAAAGAAUUUCUCCUCCAUCUAGCGACAUUUUCAAUGACGCGUGAUCAAGUUAUUUCCGUCGACAUGAAACUUUCUAUCAUAUUGUUUCCGCGCAGAAAACAACUUUUUUAUUAUUUGGUUACAACCAGCGGUGGUACAGGUUCGAACACCGUCCUCUUUCGUUUAUUAUUUUUCAUGCUGCCUACUUUGUGUACGCAAACGCACCAUGAUCCUUUGCCGACUGGCGCUUACGUCAAUGCAUUUUCUCUAUUUAUAGAUUCGAAGAAUAUUGAGGAGAAAUAUAGAUAAAAUGUUAUCUAUAUUUAAUUCAUGUUUCCAAUGAUUUUGGUACACGAGAUAAGAUUCCUUUCUUGCUACAUUUUUCGCUUUAGUGGAUUGAUUGUACUAAGGCACAAUACUUUUUCUUUGACAUUCUCCUUAACCCACUCACUCUAUCAAUGGUUAAUGUAUCGAAACAAGAAAUCUUCUUAAAAUAUCUUCAAACAAAACCACCUCAUCGAGACGUUUACAAGUGUAAGUUUGUUCCAUUACCAUUGCCAAGUCAAAACCAUGAUAUUCCACGAAGCACAAGGACAUACUCAUCCUACUCAUUACCUUGUAGCACAAUCACUACACCAUGGACGAAUAUGUUCAUAUAUAGCAAAUUUUAUUACAUUUUAUCAUUAACGUAAUAAUGAAUAACAAGCACAAAAUGACAGAGUAUCGUGAUUUCCGUUGAAGCCAUUCUCAUGACAGUAAUAAAGUCUCGAAUAUGUUCGAUUAGACGACGCUUUAGGAUACAAAAAACUGAAAAUACUCUAGUAUCUAGCUAAUAAUUAACAAAAAAACAACUACAAACAAAGAAAUAGUAGGAACCAAAUUAGUGAUCAACAUAGCAAACCACUAGGUCAGCUACUUAGUAAAUGCGAAAUAAAAUUUCGAAUGUGUAAAUAUUAGAGAUUAGAUUUAUAUAGCCAAUUCGCCCCAACUCGCUCGAACGGGAGCAAAUCGAUACAAAUAUUGUUAAAACAAAAUAUGAUGGCCAAAAGCGGAUUUCGACAGCAAAAAAAACUAUUAAGAAUAAUUAAUCAUCAGGCAAGAUUGACGUAGCACAGAAAUAGCAGCAAACAUGGCGAGCUGUAAGCUUGUGCAUCGUAGAACCGAUAAUUAAAUAAAAUUUCAUGAAAAAAUGUCAAUUAUUAAUUAUAAAUCAAAAGCUAGCGAAUACGAAGUAGAGCAGAAAAUAAAUUACCUACGGUAUGUAGGACAGAUUAAAUCGUAGGUACCAUUUGCUGGUUUCAGAGUAGUGAGUACACACCUGCACAAAGCGUGUUCGCCACGUGUGAGUACUCUAAAUGUACAGGAGGACGAGUUAAAAAAAAAAUUGCACCUGUUGGUGGAAUCAACAUCUGAAAGCUAAGCGGUUUCCAGAUCCGAAAUGAAAUGCUUUAAUUGAAAACAGUGACAGCAUUUCGGGUCGUACUACAGCGAAACCAUUUUUUCCACUGUAUCCUUUGGGGCCCUGUGGGUCACGAAAAUAAAGCUUUAAAAGACACUUUACGCACGAUUCCAUUAGCAAACCAGAAACAGCGAUGCAGAGUAAAAGAUUAUGACAACGUUCAACAUCCAAACUUCUUCCAUCAACAGCAUAUACUACUAUCAAAACACAUAACGGCCGAAUGAAUCCGGUUGGCUCGCUGAACAAGAAAGACAAAGUGCUCGAAAAUAAUUGCAUCCAUAAUAAAGCAAACGACAAGACAAUAAUAUGCUAUGGAAAAAUGCUUUUGAUCAAAAAUCACCCACAAAGGGAGUCGGUUCGUGUCAGAGGAGUAUAACUGUUCAUUUUAAAUGCAGAAAAACACUGUAGAGUUUUAUAUUCGUUACGUUUUAACAUCCAUUACCUUUAUUAUUCGAGAUAUUCUAAACAUAUUGUUAGAUAAUAGCAUUCAAUGAAGCUAUCAUUGAAAAGGUUAUGUUUUAAGUUUAUUAAGUUUGCUUCAAUACGUCAUUAGUGUUAGUUUUCGUUUUGUACUUUGAUCAAAUAGAAUAAAGCUUAUUUAAAAUGAGUUCGUUUCAAUUAUUUUUCAUUUGUACUUUUUUAUAUUCUUAGCAUAGUAGGCAUCACAUCCAAUAAUAUCCAAACUGUUGCGAAUAUAUAAGUUCAGCCGCAUUUGCCAUUGCAUUGACCGGAGAGAAUGUUCAACACAUUUCCGCCCGACUUAUUUGCCAGGUGUUGCACAAAUUAAGUUUAGUGAUCAGAGAAAAAAUGCUAUCAAAAAAAGUUAAAAUAUGCUUGUUCACUAGCAAAAACUGGCAAAAUUUCCGAUUGAUCGAUGAAUUGGUUCUUGAACUAACAAGACAUUGAUCAAUGCCAUUCACCUAAUUGUAAAGAAACUUAGAGGCUUAGACAUGAGCCCUGGGAAAUGCCCAUAUAACUCACAAACAUAGCUGUUGAAUUGUCCUGCCAAAGAUAUAUGUUUAGGCAAUAAAUUCUGCAAAAAAAUGCUUUUCCGAAAGAACGUUGACAGAAACCGAGUAACCUUCCUUCAACCCUAUUGUCAAAAAGGAACAAGGUACAAAAAGGUAUCUCAAACGGCCGAUAUGAGUUAUGAUCGGAGACUGAUUUUCCAGGUUUUCGGAUGGCGAUGACACUCAUUUAUCUCCAAUGGGAUAAUGUUACCCUCAUGAAACUUAAUAAAUAAAUUCAACAAGCGCCUUUUAUCAGAGUCUGGCUGACUUUUCAACAAAUUGAAAAAUUUGAUUAUAUCUGAGCAUGGAGCUUGAUUGUUACAUGGUAAGAGUAAAAACCUCAGCAUCGCAAACGGUGUUUCGUUCGCCGUAUCAUGAGGAAACGCGGAACGGGAGAUCUUCUGUUCAGGAGCAGAAUCGGGAAGGACCUUCUUGGUGAAAUCAAAUAUCCAAAUGUUUGAUUAAUCCACACUUUAGUUUGUACUGUUUCGGUUUCGCAUACGUCGAGCGGAGCUCCAAAGAGUUCUUAUUGAUGUUUCUUGUUAACCCAUCAACGAACCGGCGCCAACAAUCUUGUUUUAGGCUUUCAUCAAGCUCUUCGUUUUCGACUCUAUCGAAGCGUAUGUUCUAAAGUUGUCUGAUGUUCCGACAUUCAAAAACUCAUUAUAAACGGAGGAUGUUUUUUGCGAACAUCUUGAGGACGCUUUUACUUACCACGAGGGGGAGGGGUGAGUUUGAAUCACGACGUAUCAUAGCAUGAGAGUUGAAGUCUACUGAAACUAGCUGUAGUUCGAAAAGGGAUACUGUUAAAACUAUUACAAAAUGUUCAGUGCUCCACUAAGGCUCUAAGAUGAAUACAGCAAGAAACAAUAUAAAUGUAUUUGCCAUUAAUUUGACCUUGACAGGCAACGACUUCAAUUCCUGAUGUCAGCGAGAGGUUAAUUCUAUUGAAAGAAUAACACUUUUCGAUCCCCAGUAGUACUGCUCCGUAUGAAUCCCAACGAUCCUAAAGAAUAUGAAAAAAAAUCGGUGAAGUUGGGUCUAUUUCUGAAGUAAGUAAGUACUAUUUAAAUAGUUCAUUAAAAUUAUGAAAUAAUCGAUUUUGCGGAGGACACGUUCAUAAUUCCACUAUGUAACACUGAUCAGUGCACCAGUGAAGCCAACAAGCGCUUUGUUCUAUAUUCAGUGCGCAAGCAGUAUUGUAUGGUUGCCCCGGUUAUACAGUGAAAUACUUCUACCAAAGGAAACAAAAGUACCCGUGCUACAGUACAACACAAUUUCGAUUGACUUUAAUAAAACUCGUGCUAGACCUACAGUUCAGCAGGUGGAACAGCUAGUUAAAGUUGAAAUGGAGCUUAAUCUCGCGGAAGUUACAUACAUUCAGCUACACCACAUCAAAAACUGCGUUUUGCAAACAUUUAGAAGUUCAGCACAGGCUGAAAUCUUCAUUACAAAGAACAAUAUGAGACACAAGGUCGAAUUUAAUAACAGCAGAAUCAAGAUCCCCGUGUAUAUGGGAAACGACAUGGUGGACGUAUCUAUGAUUUGGAACAGCUCACUAGGGAAGAUUACAUCAAAAAAAUUAUGUCGCAAUACGGAGAAGUUGAAUCUAUUACGAAUGACACUCGGAGAAAUAUUUUCACCGGUAUUCCCAACGGCGUUCGUAUUGUGGGGAGUGACUAAACCAAUACCUUCUUAUAUGACUACCGAAUGCAAAUCACCGACGUAUGGCGUAACGUAUAAGCAAACAACGCUGAACACAUAUCCCGGGUAGAUCCCAACAUGCCAAUUCAGUAACCAGACAAUUCAAUACAGAAAAACAUGCGCCGAAGCAACUAGUCAAAACUAAUCUACUACAGCCAACUCUAACAUGCAGCCACCGACAUUUACAGAUAAGCCAAUAGCAACGACCGAAUUAACCAAUAAUGAAGGCACAAUGACCACUAGAGUGGGACAUGGUUAUAUGAAAAAAAUAAAAUUUGGCUCCGAGUAACUUUUCGGGUCCAAAUUAGCUCCUAGAACAACUCUGCAAAUUUUUAACUCGAUCGGUGAAACUAUAUUUUUGCGCCCACGGUUUGAAGUUUACAUGGGAUUUGCUAGGGCUAAAUUGUCUUUUGCAAAUUAAUUCUUCCAAGAGUCGCCCGUUAUCUCCUAAAAAUAAGUAGAUGGCUGAUUUUUAUAGGAAAUUUGUCAAGGAAACAAAGUCUAGAAGAUUGCAAAACGAUCUGAUGAUUUUGGAAAAAGUUAUUAAGCAAAAACCGAUUGAUGCCCUGAAGAUUGAUGAAAAUUUCACUUUUCUUAGCAUCACUGCUUCUGACGGUCUAAUUAUAUACAAAAUUUUUAACAUCCUCUUAAUAUGUACAAAAGAAGCCUCAAUUUAUCCCUCAAAACCUUGAGAAGUGGCCAAAUAGUAUAGAUAAACGAUUUAGACACAUUAAGAAAGGAUUAAAUCAAAAUUGCGUAUAAUUGGAUAACCAACAGCAGUGGUGCUAGAAAAAAUGAAUAUUUUAUGAAUCAUCAGAGCAUCAAUCGAUUUCUGCUUAAUAACUUUUUUCUCAAGCGUCAGAUCGUUUGAUAGUUUUCGAGACUUUGUUUCUUUGUUAAAUUUCCUAUAAAAGCCAAAUAAUGAUUUAUUUUUAGGAAGUAAUGGGCGACUCCUGGAGGAAUUAUUUUGUAAAAGUUAAUUUUCCCAUACAAAUACCCAUGUAAACUUUAAACAGUGGGCGCAAAAAUAUAGUUUCACCGAUCGAGCUAAGAAUUUGCACAGUUGUUCUAGGACCCAAAUGGUACCUAAAAAGUUGCUCGGAGCUGGAAUCUAAUUUUUGUCCCACCCUAAUGACCACGACAACCGCUCGCAAACCAACAACUAGCCUCACCAAUAAAGAAGCAAAUACCGAUGAAGACGGAUUUACAACAGUAAGAACAAGAAACAAAUAGGAACCUCUUGCCCUGAACAGCAAGAAAGCAGAACCGAUGAUGACAUGGACGUGGACGAUAACGCGAAAGAAUGUAUCCUGAAUGAACCCCCAAGCUUCGACGGCUAAGGCAACUAAUGCUUCAUCGCCAAAGACAAGAAUCUCAACACGCAGCAGAAAACUGCGUCAACAAAAUCUGGCUGACAGACAUUCUUAGUAUGUACUUUGUAUUUUUAGUUAUUGUAAAAACUUAAAAAAUCCACGGAUCCGUUGUGUUAACGCAUUCAGCCGUGUCAGCUUUAGUUUUAGAAAAAAAUGGAGAGCUGUGAAAAUUCUGUUCCAAACGCCAGAAAAUUUUAUUAUUCCAUUACCAGAUUGAGUAUCUGUUUGCAAAAAGGAGACACUUGGGGUUUUGAUGUUCUCAGGUUUGUAUUUCUUGUUGAAAUCCAAACCUGGGUGCACUGAUUUGGGUUUAAGACAGCAUUUACAAUGUUGUAAUUUGAUGUUGUUUGCGCACUCGCAGAGAAGGACAUUUUCGGGCCCUAACGAGGCAAUCUAAGGAAGAAAAUAUUAUUGUUUGCAGUUCAUGACCCGUGGCACAAACAAUCGCACAAAUAGACGGAGCCUUCCCAUCGUGACGUGGCUAGCUAGAGCUAACCCAGCGAAGAUUACGCGAAACGAGUUUGACUUGGCGUAGUCCUUUAUUACGGCAGAACUCAGUUGGUUGCAGUUCAGUAUUCUUAAAACGACCUACUCCAUACCUCAGCAUGUUAUCGUAAAUGAGACUCGUCUCUGCAAUGACACCAUUUACCUCCACGCCACAAGCUGGCACAUAGACGCGAUAGUCCGACGUAAAACGACCAUCGCAAGCUGCAAACAGUUAUCCACAACGCGCAAGCGACUAGGCCGUACUUUGCUGAUAUCUGUCACGAGCGAAUAAUAUGGCUCCAGGUCUCGAGAAAUACGAUUAAUCCUGAACGAUUUUUUCCUAGGGUCCGAAAUAACACCAUCCAUAGUCCAAUAGAGUAAUCUGGAUAUAACUUUGGAUGUGGAAGAUAUAUUUCAUUACAAUUUUCGUCGUCCAUGAUGGUACCAGAGGCACCAUCCAAUUGUGCCCCGGCUUAAGGCAGACAAAAACCAAUCUGGUACCUAACCUUGUGCCAAUGGGCAUCGGUCCAUGAAAUAAUUCGGUUGUUUAAAGAACUACCGUUUCUAUAUCCUCAAUGCGGCGACAUAAGCGUAUUGUAAUACGAACAAUAGAAUCGAAACGCAAAAGGAGUGAAAUAAAGAGCGCGGCGACAGGACUGAACCACGUCCACAAUCAUUGUUAAGUGAGUGUUUUUUACUUUCUGAUCCGCAAUUUUUGGUUAAGGUUCAAGUUACCUUUUUGGUUUUUUCAUUGCGCAGUUGUGGUGCGUACCCCAGCUCGGUGUGGUAGUGUGAUAAAAAAUCACAGCCACUUUUUCAAAAGCACCAUCCAGCUAAGACGAUGGUUUUUCCAGCAGGUAUUUUGCAUGAAUUGAAUCGUGAUGAUCUAAUAAAUCGACUGAUAUUCUUCUUUUAGAGUUUUGAAAAGGUUUAAAUGGAUAAUCUGGUAGCAAAGCUGAACACAAUUUUUCUUACGCAUACUACCAAGCCUUGAGGUAACUUGAGCCUUAAGCAACCGCUUUAGGUUCAGCAAUAGACGACUAUGUGCCCAAGUAAGGUCUGCUCCUGGUACGUAACCGGCGUUUUUCGGGAUAUGUAACAAGUAUCUUCUGUAACAGAGUGUACCUCUCCGACAUGAGUUAUUUAAUUACGUUAUUAGAGGUAUACGGUGUCAGAUCGUGUAUCCGAAAAUCGAUUGAAUCAUUUUCGGUACAUACGAGAAUAUAAGGCAAUCGAUUUACCAACUACGCUAUGCCCGCCUCUACCAGUUUACUUAAUGUACGACCGGUAAACAAAACCAAUCGACUCACUGAUAAGACACGCAAUGAUUUAAAAAGUAGGAUGUGUCCUUAUCGAGCUUUUAGAGCUUUCGCUAAAAAAUCGUCAAAAUCGAGUAUAAUUGGGAGCAGUUGAAAAAUGGACGUUUUGCUUAAAUAAAUUAUAAAUACUAAAAUCCAGUUCAUCCAAUUCAGCACAACACAGUAUUAAGGAUAACUCUACAAAGCUUCUACAACAAUUUCUUGCAAUUUAUGAAUAGUAAAGCGUGUUACGAACAAAAAAUGGUUAACUUUUGCUUGACGAUUUUUUUUCGUUGUUCAUUAAAAAAUUGAACACCCCUCAUUUUAAAGAUUUGUUGCAUUAUGCCUACAGUUUGAUUUUGACAUUUGCACUUCAGUUGUUAAAGUGGCAUCGAAGCAGGAGGAACAACGGAGCAAAAUUGUGUUCCUGCAUCGCGAAAAUCCUGACUACUAACUGUCACUUACGUAAUAAAAGUGUUCGGAAAACAUUUGUCGACAACCAGCACUGUCAGGCCACAAAAGUAUAUCGAUAUAAAUUUGAUAGAGCUUUCUUUCAGUGUAGUUUUAAAAAUAUUUUAUAAACCACUAAAACAUUCCAAACGUAACUCGCUAGGUUGGAAAAUCAAAAGCGUAUGGACAUUAAGCGAAAUAGAUCCAUGGACUGAUGUGCCAAAUUACACUUUUUUAAGACUUUUCGCUCAGUUUUAGCAAAUUUGCUUGAGCUACAAUAGAGGAUAAAGGAUAUGCGCUCGAGGACUUCUAACAGCUUUCAGGUUUGCUUUAUUAUACUAUAAUGCAAAGUAAAGCUGUUGUUAAGUAUUACUGGACAAAGAAGCUAUUCGAAUUCGCCAAAAAGUACUUGGUUUGUCAAGCCAUGUGUAGUUGCGACCGCAAAUCGAAAAGAUUUAAUUAAUUUUAUAGACAAAAGAAUUAGCAAUAAAAUUUCUUUUUGCUAUAGAUAUAAGCCAAUUUUCUGAAAUGAACACUGGGAUUUGUUGUACGAUGUUGCAGAUUGCUUUUUCUACAUUAUAUCGAUGACAAAAUUUAACGUGAACCGACAUUUCAUUGUAAUAAACCGGAUUUCCGAUUGGUUUGAAAGGUAGGUACCAGGGUCAUCGCUAAAAAGUCUUUUCACCGCAUACGUUACAUGCAAUGCGCUUUCAGAAUUCAUCAUUUAUUGGAUAGAUGUCUACUCGUUAUCAUUUAUCACCCGAACAGGCACAUUAUCCGAUUUUAUUCUACUCACAAUACUUAUUUACAUAUUUUCAUAUAAUCGCUUAAACUAGAUAUAAGCAAGCGACAAGUAACAGUUAAGGCAAACCUACAACCUGUACAUAUAGGAAAAGACAUAAAGACGGAUAAAACGUUGUAAAUUUCAGAAAUCAAAAGGGCAAAGUUUUAACAACAGUUGCAAAGUAAAGCAAAUCAAAUCGCAAGCCGAAUCAAAUCGUGUACAUAGCCGAGAAUAUAAACCUGUUAAUUAUUAUUAAUUUUAAAUGAUACUAAUUAUUACAAAAAAAAUCCCACGAAUAAGGCAAAUAAUUAUCAUUUUACAAAUCAUAUCAGUUGCCGAUUUAGCCUAUAAUUAAAGCGAGCCAGGCAACAGCGCAAAGUAGUAUUUCUAAUCCGUCCUUGAUUUACUUUGCACAUUUUACACUAGCAGUCAAAUUAAACGUGUUAGUUUACUACCAGGUGGAAUCUUCUAUUAGCUCUGGAAAAUAGCAUAAAGAAAAGAAUGGUAUUACAGGAUAAAGGAUCGUGUAUUUGUUAAUGUUGAGUUCCUUUCAAAUCUUAAAUUUAAAAUUUCAACUUGUAAAGUAUAUCCAAUAGAUCUAAGCUUCGAAGUAUAGCGGAUUGGAUCAGGAAACUUAUCAAUAAACUCCCAAGUAGCAAAAUUAUAUCAUUAAAAAGAAUUUAAAUGUUAUCAACUUUAGUUGCGAACGUUUUUAUGUGUAUUUUUGAAAUAGUUAGCGAAUUAAGAGGUUCAAGGCAGAUGAGCGAAACUACACUUUUGAAAAUGUAAUCCAUUUAUUAGCACUCCAAUUUUACGAAUCGUUCUUUCAACGCAGUAGUUCUAGAUGGAAAUUAAAAAAGUCCUUUUACUUUCCAAAACUAACCAAAUUUUUGUUAAGUUAUGUUUCAGUCAAACCAACUUGAAUAUAAAUGAUAACUUUAACUAAAAAUAAAGGGAUCACAUACAAUGGUACAAGAGCUUUACAUAAAGAAUAAGGUAGGAGAAAAUAGUGAAGAAGUAAAUAUGGAACAAUAAGGAACAUUUUCGGAAUAUCGCUUACAAAAGUUUUACCGAUAGGGUGAUCCAAAACAUCCAAGGAAUAAUUUUUGCGCAUAAAGUAAAAAAAAAAACUAUCAUACAAUAAUACUAGCACCCAUGAUUAAUUCAUUAUAUUAUAGUUCAUUAGGGUUAUUUGAAGAUUUACCAUUGUUUAGCCAAAAUAAGAGUGUAGAUCUAUUGACUCUAGGACAAAACAUAAACCACACAUUAUAAAUAUUGUUAUCUACAGUUUUUCACUUCGUUUUUCAUCCUUAGAUGUAGUAGAUUUUAUUGGAUUAUGAAAUUUGAAUCACUUUAACCAGUGAGCGUUGUAAAUACAAUAGGAAUAAAACAUGUUAUAAACUAAUACGAAGCCACUGUGUAAUUUUACUGUUUAACAAAAUGUACAUAUUUCGUCAUAUAACUUUCGGUUUCGCUUCCAUUUGCAUAUAAGUAGCAAACAUAGAGCAAGCGUAACUAGUUAGCCACAACAGAAUAUACCUAAAUAGAACCAAAAAUAUCGAUACAACAAAAACUAUAUUUAUAUCAUGAGAUACGGCCGAAAGGAUUUUUUAAUAUUCUUUUAUUACUAAUACAACUUGUGAUACUGAGGAAGAAACGUAAAAACAAAAAGAUGAAAGAUAUAUUCCACUGUUACAAAAACGCAUAAUUAGUAAGAUCGUGCUAACAUUGUAUAGUAGUGUAAAUUUAACUCAUAGAUCAGAUAUAUUGUGUACAUAUACCAAUAGUAAAAGAUUAGCUAAACCGCAUCCGAUGGUCGUACUCCACACGGAACUGGAAGCUCGAGAAAAACAACUUAUAACAGUAAUAAAAUAAUAUCGUAGUAA